AUGCAUUCGCUCUAUCUCCUUCUCCUGGCCCUCGCAAGUACGAAUGUUCUGGCAACUGAAGAGAAGCCGUUCUGGAAGAAUCUAUUGAAGAGAAAAGAUUGGAAUGAUGCAUCCAACUAUGUGGGUGUCAACUGGAAGGAUGCCACCGCAAAUGUGGACUGGAGCAAAGUCUUCCCGAAUGGUGAUAAACCAACAACGGAACAGCACAAUGUUCAGCAACCGCAAGGAAGCCAACCGCAAGGAAGCCAAUCGCAAGCAAGCCAACCGCAAGGUAGCGGCACCAGCACCAGCCACGACAACAACAACAACAACAACAACAACAACAACAACAACAACAACAACAACAACAACAACGGCGGCGGCAACAGUGGUGGUAGCAGCGGUAGUACUAAUACUGAUCAGACCAACACCACCAACACCGCAAGCACCAACACCGACCAAAGCGGGUCAGACCAUGGCAGCUCGGCCUCCUGCCCCGAUGGCUGCUCAAUGACCAUCUCCUUCACCGACAACACCCUCGACGUCGACUUCGCCGCCGGCAACGGCGGUAAACCCUCCACCGGCAAAACGAAAGGCACCUGCAUCUGCAUGUCGCCCGGCUCCGUGCGCGUGAACAUCGGCACCAGCAACACAGGCGACCACACCACCUUGAUUGAAGGCAACGCUGUCGGCCUAAGCCAAUCCUCCUUCUUCGACGUCUCUUACGUCGAGGGCUACAACUACCCCGUGACCUGCUGGAACGCCGACAAUCCAACCCUCAUGUCCGGAUCCAACGUCGACCUGUACUCGCAAGGUUCCUGCCACGACGGCGGCUCCACCCAAAUGGGCCACAUCUGCGUGAAUCCGGGGUACUUGAAACUCGCGACCCGAGACCCCGCGCACGAUUGCAUGAAGUGUACCCUUCCCUCCGCCUUCUUCGGCCCGGCGUCCGGCGCUGCGUACACCUACCCAUACGAUGACUGUGGAUGCGCCUCCGGGCCUAGCGCCUCCGGACCGUACAAGAGCCCCAUGGCCACGGGAGGGAAACUGGCCGUGUUUGACGAGGCUGCGAGGCUGGAGAAGGAGGGGAGGAAGAAGAGGAGGCAUGUGCAUCAUGCGCAUCAUCACCAUGAGCACGAGUGA